AUGCUUAGGGCUUUAAAGACAUCUGUGCCUCGUGCCCAUGCCUUGAAAUCUCAACUCCUUUCCCAAAGACCCCUUUUAUCGGUUUCGCUCCAAGUGGCCUCUAGACGGUCAUUAGCUACCAGCACUGAUGGAUUUUUAUCAACCACCAGUGGUAACUACAUCGAUGAAAUGUACGAUGCCUGGAAGCAGGAUCCUACGUCCGUGCACGUGAGUUGGAACGCUUAUUUUAAAAACAUUGAAAACAAUAAUGUUCCUCCUUCCCAAGCAUUUUCAGCUCCCCCAACAAUCAUUCCAACUGUUUCUGGUGGUGCUGCUGGAUUUGUCCCCGGAAACGAACACAUGUCUGAGGAUGUGGUGACUCACUUGAAGGUGCAGUUAUUGGUGCGGGCGUACCAAGUGAGAGGUCAUCAAAAGGCAAAAAUUGAUCCAUUGGGAAUCUCGUUUGGUGAUAGCGACAGCGCUAUUCCAAGAGAAUUGACCUUGGAUUACUACGGGUUUACCGAGGCAGAUUUGAAUAAACAGAUCACUUUGGGACCCGGUAUCUUGCCAAGAUUUGCCCAAGGUAAGAAAUCAAUGGCUUUGAAAGAUAUCAUCAGUACCUGUGAAUCAUUAUACUGUUCGAGUUACGGGGUAGAAUAUAUUCACAUUCCUUCCAAAGAACAAUGUGAUUGGUUGAGAGAAAGAAUUGAAAUCCCCAAACCUUUCACGUUUUCUCCAGACCAAAAGAGACAAAUUCUUGACAGAUUGAUCUGGUCUUGCUCUUUUGAAUCAUUUUUAGCAACCAAAUUCCCAUCCGACAAGAGAUUCGGUUUAGAAGGUGCCGAAUCGGUGGUGCCAGGUUUGAAGGCCAUGAUUGACACUGCGGUGGACUUUGGGGUUGAAGAUAUCAUUAUUGGUAUGCCCCACAGAGGUAGAUUAAACAUGUUGUCCAACGUGGUGAGAAAGCCCAAUGAGUCUAUUUUCAGUGAAUUCACAGGAUCCAAGGAAUUUGACGAAGGUUCCGGUGACGUCAAAUACCACUUGGGUAUGAACUACGCUAGACCAACCACUUCUGGUAAACACGUCAACUUGUCUAUUGUUGCUAACCCAUCCCAUUUGGAAGCUGAAGAUGGGGUUGUUUUGGGUAAGACCAGAGCCAUCCAGCACUACAAGAAUGAUAUUGGUGACUUCAAAAAGGCCAUGUCUGUGUUGUUGCACGGUGACGCUGCUUUUGCUGCCCAAGGUGUGGUGUACGAAACCAUGGGGUUUGCUAACUUACCUGCCUACUCUACUGGUGGUACUAUCCACAUUAUUGUCAACAAUCAAAUCGGUUUCACCACUGACCCAAGAUUUGCCAGAUCCACCUUAUACCCAUCUGACAUUGCCAAGUCUAUCAACGCCCCUAUUUUCCAUGUCAAUUCUGAUGACGUUGAGAGUUUGGUGUUUGUGUUCAACUUAGCUGCUGAAUGGAGAUCAACUUUCCACUCCGAUGUUAUAAUUGAUGUGGUUGGAUACCGUAAGUACGGACACAAUGAAACUGAUCAACCAGCUUUCACUCAACCUUUGAUGUAUAAGAAGAUUGCUGAAAAGAAGUCUGUCUUGGAAGAAUACACUGCUCAAUUAUUGGCAGAAAAGACCUUCACUCAGGAGGACAUCGACGAACACAAGAAAUGGGUUUGGAACUUAUUGGAAGAAUCUUUCGCCAAGUCUAAGGAAUACAAACCAACUUCUAGAGAAUGGUUAACUACUCCAUGGGAAGACUUCAAGUCUCCAAAAGAAUUGGCUACUGAAGUGUUACCCCACUUGCCAACUGCUGUUGAUGAAGCCAUCUUGAAGGAUAUCGGUACUAAGAUUAGUGAAGCUCCAAAAGGUUUCGAAAUCCACCGUAAUUUGAAGAGAAUUUUGAACACUAGAAAGAAGUCUGUUGAUACCGGUGAAGGUAUUGACUGGGCUACCGGUGAAGCUUUGGCUUUUGGUUCUUUGGCUUUGGAAGGUUACCAUGUGAGAGUUUCUGGUCAGGAUGUUGAAAGAGGUACCUUUUCUCAACGUCAUGCUGUUUUGCACGAUCAAACCUCCGAACAAACCCACACUCCAUUGAACAACUUGUCUGAAGAUCAAGGUGCCUUUGCUAUCUCCAACUCUUCUUUAUCUGAAUAUGGUGUUAUGGGUUUCGAAUAUGGUUACUCUUUGACUUCCCCAGAUGCUUUGGUAGUGUGGGAAGGUCAAUUUGGUGAUUUCGCCAACACUGCCCAAGUUAUUAUUGAUCAAUUUAUCGCUGCUGCUGAAUCUAAAUGGAAGCAAAGAUCCGGUAUUGUUUUGUCCUUACCCCACGGUUACGAUGGUCAAGGUCCAGAACACUCUUCUGGUAGAAUUGAAAGAUACUUGCAAUUGUGUAAUGAAGAUCCAAGAUACUUCCCAUCUCCAGAAAAGUUGGAACGUCAACACCAAGACUGUAACAUGCAAAUUGCUUACCCAACUACCCCAUCCAACAUAUUCCACUUGUUGAGACGUCAAAUGCACAGACAAUUCAGAAAACCAUUGAUUUUGUUUUUCUCCAAGUCUUUGUUGAGACAUCCAUUAGCCAGAAGUGAAUUAAAGGAAUUCACCGACGAUUCCCACUUUCAAUGGAUUAUUGAAGAUGUUGAAUUAGGAAAGUCUAUUGGUAACAAGGAAGACAUCAAGAGAAUUGUGUUAUGUACUGGUCAAGUUUACACUGCGUUACAUAAGAAGCGUAUCGCCUUGGAAGACACGACCACUGCAUUCAUCAAGGUUGAACAAUUACACCCAUUCCCCUUCCAACAAUUACGUGAUGCCCUUGACAGUUAUCCAAAUGUUGAAGACUUGGUGUGGUGUCAAGAAGAACCUUUGAACAUGGGUCCAUUUGCCUAUGUCCAACCAAGACUCUUGACGACCUUGGCUGAAACCGAAAACCAUAAGUCUUUGACUUUGCGUUAUGCCGGUAGAGAUCCAAGUGCUAGUGUUGCUGCUGGUUCUAAGGCCAUGCAUACGCAAGAAGAAGAAGCGUUCUUGAACGAGACUUUCCAAGUCUGA